UCGGUCAGCAGGUGGCGAGCAAACGUCGUCUCUUCGCCACCCCGUGCCACGCAACGUCGACAACGUGACGACAGAUCGGAUAAAGAGCGCGUUAUCAAGCUUGGCAAGUGGCGCGAGUAAUUCAAGGGCCGGCAGUAUGCGGUACACGGCCCUCUGUUUUCUGCUACUGGCGAUCAGCGAGCCUCUUCUUACUCACGCAAAGGUAGUGUUAAUCGUGCCCCGACAAGUAAGACGGAGCCCAGUAGUGCCAUGGCGACCUCCGGGUAAUUACAAAAAGUCAUACGGAAGCGACAUUCGUCAUUAUGGUCGCGUCAAUCAUUACUAUAACAAAAAGCCAUUCCGGCCGCUACCGUACGGGGGCGACGAUUUCGAUCAUGGUCCUGAGACUAUAAAUCACGUGAAUGUACCUCACGGCAAAGACAUUAGUCACAGUAUCUCUUUUGGCAAAGGAUAUAUACCGUACGACAAUAUCAAGAGCAACUUGCCAUUCGUGCAUGAAAGAUACGCCGGUCGGCAGCCGGUCAUUCCGGACUAUCCGCCGACCAGUUUCACUUCUGUAGGUCAGGAGUACGCGACAUCGGCGACGGCGAAUUCCUAUGAAAAUCCGCAGUUGGAUUCGUACUUCUCGGAUAUGGAGAGCGCUGUCAAGGGCGAGCUGCGCGGCAGCAUAAAGGAUAGUAUGAACAAGUACUACGGCACCCGCUCGAUCGAGAAGGACCUCAGUUUCAGAAACCAGCAGGCUCUCAGCAGCGCUCUAGAGAAGAGCAAGGACUCUCUGGCAAAGGGCACCGAGGGCCUGCCCUCGGACGCGUCUCCAACCGCGUACGCCGCGUCCACUUCCGCCGGCAUCGCCGGCGUGCAGGGGGCCGUGGUGGUGCCGGCGGGUAUACCGUCGGCAACUAUCGCCGGUAACAAGGAGGGCAUCGUGCUGCGGGACACCGUGUCCCUGGACGAGUACCAGAAGAAGCUGGAGGAACUGACCAAGACCUGGCCGAACGUGUUAUCCGCCGGUGCCAACUACGCGGCGGCCGGCGGAGCGAUUUCUGCGCCCCAGCAGCUGCACGCUGGCUUCCCGACCACCGGUCUACCAGGUGCCAGCUUCGGCGGUCCGACCGGCGGUGUCAAUUGGCUCUCCAGCUUUGCUCAGUCCAAGCAGGGCUACUCCGUGCGUGAGAAUCACGGAGACCCCUCGACCUACGACUUCAGAACGAUGACGGUACAGAGCGCCCCGUAUCAACAAUUGUCCUUCGGUCACGGGGGUGUGUCGGCCGGCACGGGGAUCGUCCCCGCUCAUGGGUAGACGCAUAUCAGAAUACACAGGAGCGUUAAUGCCCUCCGGUUCGCGCGUUUAACGGUUAAAUUUCUCUAUAAUAUUUAAGAAAUAUUUAUUUUUUUAUUUACGUAUAAUUAAUAAUAUAGCGCCACUACUUUAUCUCGUGAAAGAGCCAAAAGAUUUGAUGAAUCUCAUGUCGUGAAGCCCCCUUCAUGAAGGCGAGCGCACUGGACGUCAUUGAUGCUUCUGAUCACACGUUUGAUUUUACAAUGUGAUUUUGAUAAAUUUAUUCUCUCUUUUCAUAGACACGGCAAUAUGUAAUUUAUAUCAUAUUGCCACGAAUGUAUAAAUAUAUGGAAUCAUUUUCGUGCAUCUCUCUUGAAACGUUGAAAUCUGAAUUUAAUGAAGUUUUAUAUAGACUUCAGGGAGUCCCAUGAGUCUCGAUUAUUCGUAUAUAGUAAAUAUUUUGUAAUAUGCGCGGUAAUGAUAUUUACGUAAAUAUGUUGUGUGAUGUUAAAAACUUGAGUGUUUCUAAUUUAAAUCUUAUUUAGGAUCUCAUCUUGGUUUCUUAUAUUUUGAUGAACUUAAAACACCAUCAUUCCACUCUCUUAUUUGAUAAAUACUUGAAUUUUUCUAUUCGUAUCAAUGCAAGAUUGAUUGUUCAUGUAAGAUGGUCAAAAGAAAUUCUUAUCUUAAAAGUGCCAAUAUUCGAUAAAUAAUGAAAAAUAUUAUUGAAGUAUUGUUUUAUACUUGUAUUACAUUUCCAUUUUAGAGAGGAGGAGGAAGAAGGAGAGAGAGAGACAUUGUUUUCAUUUAUCAUUAUUUAUCUUUUGUAAGACUACAUAUUACUUUUGUUUAUAAGUUUCCAGACAUUAUUAAAAACAAAAUAAAAUAUA